UAGCCUUUACUCACCUCCUUCCUGUUUCCUAAAAUCCCUUCCCACAGUCCCCAGACUGAGCCUUUCCUCUCUGUCCACCCCCCGCAGGGCACCUCCUGUUCCGUAAUCACCUCCUCGGGUACUCUACUCAUUUCCUUUUCUUCUACUGGUGUCCUAGGAAAUGCCAGCACUCCCACCUGCAUCGCCCGGUCCUUCCAACACUCCCUAACUGUAGUCUGUCCUGUCUCAACACCCUCUUGUAUAUUUCCUGUGCCUUCUAGAACAUUCCGCUCCCCCUGCCAUUACCUCCACACCUACCACACUUACCUCCUUGCUCCUCUACGAACAUCUUCCUCUCACCACUGCCCGCUGGUGCCUCCAUCUACGCUAGAAACACUGUCCUCGGCCAAUUUUUGUGUCCCCCCCCCGCAUUAUUGGGUCCAUAGACACCCCCUUGACAAAGCUCUUUGUUAAUCCGCCACCCAAAUCUCCCCGCUGUUGUCACUCUGCCCCUCCUCCAGGCUUCCCCUCUCGGGCGCUACCCUUCCCUGCCCAGCCUGCCCCUCGAUUCACAGUCCGGCUCCUCUGUUCCCCGUGGGCUGCCUCCCACCAUGUUCCCCUGAGCCUCCAAGGAAGGGGCUCAGGGGGCCUCAUGGCCUCCCGCUCCCCGUGGCCCCACAGCCCCCGCGGGCCAGGGGAAGUGUCUAGGAAGCCCCAGUGCCGAGGAUGGGCAACCGCACGUGGGAGGGCUGCCACGUGGACUCGCGUGUGGACCACCUCUUCCCACCGUCGCUCUACAUCUUCGUCAUCGGCGUGGGGCUGCCCACCAACUGCCUGGCCCUGUGGGCGGCCUACCGCCAGGUGCGGCAGCGCAACGAGCUGGGGGUCUACCUGAUGAACCUCAGCAUCGCCGACCUGCUGUACAUCUGCACGCUGCCGCUGUGGGUCGACUACUUCCUGCACCACGACAACUGGAUCCACGGCCCCGGCUCCUGCAAGCUCUUCGGGUUCAUCUUCUACACCAACAUCUACAUCAGCAUCGCCUUCCUGUGCUGCAUCUCGGUGGACCGCUACCUGGCCGUGGCCCACCCGCUGCGCUUCGCCCGCCUGCGCCGCGUCAAGACGGCCGUGGCCAUCAGCUCCGUGGUCUGGGCCACCGAGCUGGGCGCCAACUCGGCACCGCUGUUCCACGAUGAGCUCUUCCGAGACCGCUACAACCACACCUUCUGCUUCGAGAAGUUCCCCAUGGAGGGCUGGGUGGCCUGGAUGAACCUCUACCGGGUCUUCGUGGGCUUCCUGUUCCCGUGGGCGCUCAUGCUGCUGUCGUACCGCGGCAUCCUGCGGGCCGUGCGGGGCAGCGUGUCCACCGAGCGCCAGGAGAAGGCCAAGAUCAAGCGGCUGGCCCUCAGCCUCAUCGCCAUCGUGCUGGUGUGCUUCGCGCCCUACCACGUGCUGCUGCUGUCGCGCAGCGCCGUCUACCUGGGCCGCCCCUGGGACUGUGGCUUCGAGGAGCGCGUCUUCUCGGCCUACCACAGCUCGCUGGCAUUCACCAGCCUCAACUGCGUGGCCGACCCCAUCCUCUACUGCCUCGUCAACGAGGGCGCCCGCAGCGACGUGGCCAAGGCCCUGCACAACCUGCUCCGCUUCCUGGCCAGCGACAAGCCCCAGGAGAUGGCCAACGCCUCGCUCACCCUGGAGACCCCACUCACUUCCAAGAGGAACAGCACGGCCAAAGCCUUGGCUGCUGGCUGGGCGGUGGCUCCACCCUCCCAGGGGGACCAGGUGCAGCUAAAGAUGCUGCCACCGGCGCAGUGAACCCCGACUGGUGCAGAGCCCCCAAUCCUCCGGUCUCGUCCCACACUCCCUUCUCUCCUGGUCUGGUGUAUGCAGAUUGUAUGUAAAUAAGGCUCUGUUAAUAUUCAUAAGAUUACAAAAACAGGAAAAGAGUGAG